AUGGACCUUCUCAAAUCGAAGCCCGUUGCAUAUUCCCUCGUGGGUCAUCACAGAUUGUGCCCUGGAAACUGCGGGGCGAAGCAGACUUCGCCCAGCGGGAAGCCGUGGCUGGACGCGAUGGUUUCGACGAUCGCUCACGAGAUCGCGGAAGCGGCGACAGAUCCCAAUGCCAUCAGCGGCUGGUUCGACGGUAACGGGGAGGAGAACGCUGAUAAGUGCAGCUACGAGUACGGAGAGACGCAAACAGCUCCGAGCGUGUAUGGUGACGAUGCGGAGUACAACCUGGUGGGGCUCAACGGUAUGAAGUUCAUGGUGCAGCAGAACUGGGACGUGGCCACGGACUCUUGGAAUAAUUUCACCUCAUCCCAUCCCACCAUCUCUGCACCUCAUCCCAUCCCACCAUCUCUGCUCCUCAUCCCAUCCCACCAUCUCUGCUCCUCCUCCCAUCCCACCAUCUCUGCUCCUCAUCCCGUCCCACCAUCUCUGCUCAUCAUCACAUCCCACCAUCUCUGCUCCUCAUCCCAUCCCAACAUCUCUGCUCCUCAUCCCAUCCCACCAUCUCUGCUCCUCAUCCCAUCCCACCAUCUCUGCUCAUCAUCCCAUGCCACCAUCUCUGCUAAUCAUCCCAUCCCACCAUCUCUCCUCAUCAUCCCAUCCCACCAUUUCUGCUCAUCAUCCCAUCCCACCAACUCUGCUCCUCAUCCCAUCCCACCAUCUCUGCUCCUCAUCCCAUCCCACCAUCUCUGCUCAUCAUCCCAUCCCACAAUCUCUGCUCCUCAUCCCAUCCCACCGUCUAUGCUCCUCAUCCCAUCCCACCAACUCUGCUCAUCAUCCCAUCCCACCGUCUCUGCUCCUCUUCCCAUCCCACCAUCUCUGCUCCUCACCCCAUCCCACCAUCUCUGCUCCUCAUCCCAUCCCACCAUCUCUGCUCCUCAUCCCAUCCCACCAUCUCUGCUCCUCAUCCCAUCCCACCAUCUCUGCUCAUCAUCCCAUCCCACCAUCUCUGCUCCUCAUCCCAUCCCACCAUCUCUGCUCCUCAUCCCAUCCCACCGUCUCUGCUCCUCAUCCCAUCCCACCAUCUCUGCUCCUCAUCCCAUCCCACCAUCUCAUCUCCUCAUCCCGUCCCACCAUCUCUGCUCCUCAUCCCAUCCCACCAUCUCUGCUCCUCAUCCCAUCCCACCAUCUCUGUUCAUCAUCCCAUCCCACCAUCUCUGCUCCUCAUCCCAUCCCACCAUCUCUGCUCAUCAUCCCAUCCCACCAUCUCUGCUCCUCAUCCCGUCCCACCAUCUCUGCUCCUCAUCCCAUCCCACCAUCUCUGCUCCUCAUCCCAUCCCACCAUCUCUGCUCCUCAUCCCGUCCCACCAUCUCUGCUCCUCAUCCCAUCCCACCAUCUCUUCUCCUCAUCCCAUCCCACCAUCUCUGCUCCUCAUUCCGUCCCACCAUCUCUGCUCCUCAUCCCCUCCCACCAUCUCUUCUCCUCAUCCCAUCCCACCAUCUCUGCUCAUCAUCCCAUCCCACCAUCUCUGCUCCUCAUCCCAUCCCACCAUCUCUGCUCAUCAUCCCGUCCCACCAUCUCUGCUCCUCAUCCCGUCCCACCAUCUCUGCUCCUCAUCCCGUCCCACCAUCUCUGCUCCUCAUCCCAUCCCACCAUCUCUUCUCCUCAUCCCAUCCCACCAUCUCUGCUCCUCAUCCCAUCCCACCAUCUCUGCUCAUCAUCUCAUCCCACCAUCUCUGCUCCUCAUCCCAUCCCACCAUCUCUGCUCCUCAUCCCGUCCCACCAUCUCUGCUCCUCAUGCCAUCCCACCAUCUCUGCUCCUCAUCCCGUCCCACCAUCUCUGCUCCUCAUCCCGUCCCACCAUCUCUGCUCCUCAUCCCAUCCCACCAUCUCUGCUCCUCAUCCCGUCCCACCAUCUCUGCUCUUCAUCCCAUCCCACCAUCUCUGCUCCUCAUCCCGUCCCACCAUCACUGCUCAUCAUCCUGUCCCACCAUCUCUGCUCCUCAUCCCAUCCCACCAUCUCUGCUCCUCAUCCCGUCCCACCAUCACUGCUCAUCAUCCCAUCCCACCAUCUCUGCUCCUCAUCCCAUCCCACCAUCUCUGCUCAUCAUCCCGUCCCACCAUCUCUGCUCCUCAUCCCAUCCCACCAUCUCUGCUCAUCAUCCCGUCCCACCAUCUCUGCUCCUCAUCCCGUCCCACCAUCUCUGCUCCUCAUUCCAUCCCACCAUCUCUGCUCCUCAUCCCAUCCCACCAUCUCUGCUCCUCAUCCCAUCCCACCAUCUCUGCUCCUCAUCCCGUCCCACCAUCACUGCUCAUCAUCCCAUCCGAUCAUCUCUGCUCCUCAUCCCAUCCCACCAUCUCUGCUCCUCAUCCCGUCCCACCAUCUCUGCUCCUCAUCCCAUCCCACCAUCUCUUCUCCUCAUCCCAUCCCACCAUCUCUGCUCCUUAUCCCAUCCCACCAUCACUGCUCAUCAUCCCAUCCGACCAUCUCUGCUCCUCAUCCCAUCCCACCAUCUCUGCUCCUCAUCCCGUCCCACCAUCUCUGCUCCUCAUCCCAUCCCACCAUCUCUUCUCCUCAUCCCAUCCCACCAUCUCUGCUCCUCAUCCCAUCCCACCAUCUCUGCUCAUCAUCCCGUCCCACCAUCUCUGCUCCUCAUCCCAUCCCACCAUCUCUGCUCAUCGUCCCGUCCCACCAUCUCUGCUCAUCAUUCCAUCCCACCAUCUCUGCUCAUCAUCACAUCCCACCAUCUCUGCUCCUCAUCCCAUCACACCAUCUCUGCUCCUCAUCCCAUCCCACAAUCUCUGCUCCUCAUCCCAUCCCACCAUCUCUGCUCCUCAUCCCAUCCCACCAUCUCUUCUCCUCAUCCCAUCCCACCAUCUCUGCUCCUCAUCCUAUUCCACCAUCUCUGCUCUGCGGAGAAUUCUAG